AUGGCACUGCUUGAUAUCCAUGAUCACUAUGAUAGAAUAAGAACAUCUUUACUUUUUCAGAAUCACGCCGCCAUGGAUUGCCCCACGUGGAUAAAACAGGAACCCCAUUCUCCUCUCAAAAAGACCUUUCGCGAUGCAAGCUCGCCUUUUUCUACUGCUCCGGACAUACCAGUGGGAGACGACCAUUUAAGUCCGGCUCCUUCAGAGCCCAUGACCAGCGGUCUACUACUUCCUCUGAUAAAGGAUGAACUCAGAUAUACUAUACUAAAUCGCCGAUUUGCCAAAGGACAAGCCGACAUUGUUUUAAAGGAUCCACCUAAACCCAAACUUAAACAGGAACUGACAGCGGCUGAACUGGAACGAAAGUCACGUCGACGGGAACAGAACAGGCGAGCUGCCACAAAAUGUCGGAUCAAGAAGAAAGGCGUCGAGGACAGUCUGAUCACAACUUUCUACAAAGAACAAGAGAAGAACACCAGUCUUAACGAUCAGAUUAAUAAUCUUAGAUCUGAGAAAGCAAUGUUGGAGAAGGUUUUGGAAGAACACUUGAGUUCUCGUGAGUGCACCAUACCUCCUCUGCGCGACACUUCGUACACACCACCACUUUCUGCGCAACCUCCCGCAGUCUGCUGUGACUCAAACGCCGGAAGUGCGACAUCUCCUAGUUUGUAUGGAGGAGACAUGUUUACGUUUGACAUUGAAAGCAACAAGACAAACACCAUGACGUCAGUUCCGUGUCCGUCCUUCAUAAAUCAGACACCUGGUCAGUGCAGCGGAUAUCCGCAGUCUUCUGACAUGUUUGUUCGCAGCCAGGGUCCAAUACAUGAGCCAAUAACACCACCAGCAGAAAACACAUCAUAUGGCAGAGAGUUCGACUGGGCUGAGGACUACCUCAACAUAACUGAGUUACUGAGUGGUGACCUUCCGCCAGAGAUCCCGGUCCUCAAUUCAGAUGAUCUCAACAAUUUACCACCACCAGACCCAUAGGCUAUCU